CCAGCAGCACAGAGUCUCCGGUUCGGGAUGGCGAAGAAUACGGUGUCUGCACGCUUCCGGAAAGUAGAUGUGGAUGAAUAUGAUGAGAACAAAUUCGUUGACGAAGAGGAGGCGGGAGAAGGACAGCAAGGACCCGACGAGGGGGAGGUUGAUAGCGCGAUUCGGGGAGGAAACAUGAUGGGAGCUCUGCAAGCUGCUCUAAAGAACCCACCAAUUAAUACCAAGAAUCAGUCUGCCAAGGAUCGAGCUGAGCACCUGGUGCUGAAAGUUCUAAUCUCCUUUAAAGCUAAUGACAUAGAAAAGGCUGUUCAAUCUUUAGACAAAAAUAACAUGGACCUCUUAAUGAAAUACAUCUACAAGGGCUUUGAGAGUCCGUCUGACAACAGCAGUGCUGUCUUGUUGCAGUGGCAUGAGAAGGCUCUGGCAGUGGCAGGCGUUGGCUCCAUAGUCAGAGUUCUGACUGCAAGAAAGACCGUUUGAAUGUUCAUGUUUUGUGACAAGGAAGAGCUGGUGCCAAGACCAAAAUCCUGUGCCGCAGCUAAGCUGUGGCAAGCCAACCCUUAACUCUUCGCUGCCACAUUUCUAUUCUUCCUUCUGUUUUUUGCAGCUUUGAUUUUUUUAUACAUUUUUUGAACAAAGCAGUACAAGUGUGUGCUGUGAGUGCAGUGCUCUGUUGACAGAAGUAUUAAGUUAUCUGCAUUUCAUUACCUGCCCUUAAUGAGCUGGGCUCUUCUGAAUAAUCACCCUUCCCCAAAAAUAUGUGGACUGAUAGUAAAUAUAGGCACUUACAGUGCUCCCUUCACCUACAUCUAACUGCACCUUCUAACCUCAUUAAUUCUAGGGCAAAAGCACCAAACUUGGUCUUAAGUCAAAGUCACUGUCCGUUCCUCUGCUUUGCGAUUUUCCAGUCAGCUAGGAGCAUACUCUCAGGAGUGGCGUUUUGCAAUCUAAAGCUUUUAUAUCUCUGAACAGAUAUCUCCGAUACAUAUCUUGGAGGAAUCUGGAUUUCAUUACAUUACUCCCUCAGGGCCUAAAUGUUUAAAAGGGAUAUUUUGCGCUUGAUGCAGCAGACAGUGCUUACUAUGCAGCUAUAGCAGCCUUUUCCCAAAUCAAAAAGCAGAGAUGACUUGAUCACAUUUACAAGUUCAUCCAUAGUCUGUUUAUAAGUAAGUGUAAGUUACUUAUAAGUAAGUAACAUAUAGUUAGACUUUGGGUCUUUAGGGAAUUUGUCUGUUUUUCAGAACUUACCUCUUAAUUGCCUAAAAGUACUUACUGACACUGUGCAGCCAAUUGCCAUACAUCCAAUAAUGGCCUAAGAUUACAUUUUGGUUUUUAUUUUUCCAGUAAUAACAAUAGAAUAUUUGAAUGGGUUUCCUGUUUGUGGAUUAAACAGGCAUCUCGUCAUUUUGGGAUACAGCUGCUUUAGUUAAUGAGCUAAAACUCCAUAUGAGGGUUUUAUGACAAUCCAUAAGUAUUCCAAGUGCACAGUAGGCUACUGGCUAUUUGUCAUUUACAACACAGCUAAAGGAUGAAAAGCUUAAUAUAGUUUAUCUGGCACCAUUGAUGCAAAUAGAUGCAUUGUAUAGUUGUGAGUCUCCUUCCUCUGCAAAGCAUAAUGUGACAUUCAAAUUCUAUGAUUAUAGGUGGGAAUUCCAAGGUGGAAAGCACUCAACAACCAUAUGCCUAAAGGAGUAAGGCCUUAGCCACUUCUGUGCUAGAGUCCUGACUCUUUAAAAAUCUAUUACAGGGCCUUUAGCAAUGAAGCUGUUCAACUUUGCUAUGUUUUUUAUGGAUGAAUUAAAACAACUAU